UUAAUUUGUUGUUUGCUUUGGGUAUAUUUAUAUGGCUAGAAGGCAAAUGAAUACAUCACUUGUGCCACUUACCAUCUUUACCAUCUUUCAUAUUAUGGUCUUGCUAAAAAUCAAUAUGAGGCCUUAGGUCAGUCCUCCAACACCAUGGCACUGAGGACAUUUGAAUACUUAGCACCAGAAUAUGCACAAAGCGGAAUAGACAUGAGCAAAGCAGAUGUCUAUUCCUUUGGGAUUGUUCUUCUCGAGCUGAUUACUGGCCGAAAGACUCUUGAAGAUACAAAGGGGCAAAGCUUCUUGAGAUGGGCGAGACCAAUCCUGAGUGAGAAAAAGUACAUGGAACUGAUAGAUCCUGCAGUGCAAGAUUCUGUUGACCUUUACCAGUUGUUUUGGAUGGUUCGUCUGGCAGAGCAAUGUCUCGACUGCGAUCCCAAGUUGAGAAUGUCAAUGCAUGAGGUGCUGACGGCUAUGGCAUGCAUAAUUAAUCCCUGAGGUAGUCAAUACAAAGCCAGCAAUAAGCCAAAAGCAUUCAGGCACUUUAAUUUGAUUUUCAUGACAUUUUUAUUUGAAUUGUGGUUGCAAUACAUGAAGCAUGCGACUUAUUCUGUAUGUAUUGCUUAAGGCAGAACUGGAAGGGAAUCAUGUCCCACUUUUAGAGAUGCAGCAUCAAAACUACUCCUUUAUACUAUGAGUUUUAUCUUAGACACGACUUGAAUAAUAUGGAAAAAUGGAAGCAUAUCAGUGCCUCUAAAUUUUCAGCUUGCGUCCUAUUUUUCUGACAUUUGAAAUCCAGUUCCAACGCCAAGCCAUCAACUUACCAAUAAGAUCCAGUAUUAGUUGUAUAAAGAAGCAUCAUUUGACCAUGUAUAUAAGCCGAAACGAUAAAUUUAAACAUCCUUAAUGAUAAUUCAACAGAGCUAGAUUUUGAAAAAUAGGCUAGAAAAUGCAAAAAAAUUUAAAAAGAGUUAGAAAUGCUGACUGGGAAUUAUGUGGAUAUCUACUACCCAAGUAAGCUCAAGAAUGCUUAAGCCUAGACUCCAAAUAUCCACGAAAAUCCAUCAUACAUGUAAUUAUGAUAUAAAUUAUAAGUAAUUACCUUGGGACUAACACAAGCAAACUAGCCGGAUUCAUGAAGAACCACGAAAACCCAAAUUCUGCUAAUUUCACAGCAUUUAGAAUUAACUAACAUAUUCCUAAGCAUAUUAUCUUUGAGCACAAACUUUUUACUGUGGAGGCGCAGAAGGGCAGAUAAUACCUGACCUGUCUAUAUAUUCUGAGACAGCGUGAAUUCCUGUUAACAUCAAAUUAUUCAUAUUCGAGUGUACGAAGGAGGUUAUACUCUUGGAUUGUGGGGCUGAUAUUGGAGCUACUAACUUGACUAUAUGCUCGACAGCAUAAAAUUUCCUGUCAGGCUCCAAUUCGAUUUACAUGCUCUAAAUUUUGAUCGCCAUGAUACCUGUUUUUCCAAUUCUUGGACAUUUCUGUUUGUAUAUUGCUCCGAAUUCCAUGAUAUGGGAGAACUAUAGGCUCUUAUCACUACAAGUCUAGACUAGAGGCAGGGAUGUUAAAAAUUGAAGGAGAUGGCAACGAGCAAAAUCUCAAUGCGAAAAAAAAAAAAAAAAU